AUGUCACCUCGACGCGGAGGGUAUAGUAGUUACACUUCGGGCUAUGACUCGAGUCCUUGGAGCAAGGAGACCCUUUUGAGUCUCGACUACUCAUCGUACCGCUACCCUAACUACCGGACCCUCUAUAUUGCCGGGUUUGUCUUCGAGAUCUUGACUGUCAUUGCAUUUGUCGCGUUUCUCAUUUGGUCAUGUACGAUUCGCAAUCGUGGUCUGCCAGUGAAGGGACUGAUCUCCACUCUCUUGGCUUAUAUCCUGUCUGAAGCAUGCAAUAUCAUCUAUGAGGCUCUAUUCAUCGCUGAUGCCUAUGUCACGGAAUACUACCGCAUCAUCCUGAUGCUUGGGACUUUCUUCAAUCUGCUCGCUACAUUACUUCUAUUAUACGUCUUCUGGAGCCUCGUCCACCGCUUGCUGGGUCGUCUCACCGAUUCCGGAAAACCAUAUGCAGCAGUGACCAUCAUCCAUUGGAUUCUUCUCGGCAUAUUAUCGGCAGUGUCAAUCGCCGACUGGGGAAUGUAUGUCGCUUACGAAGUCGGACAAGUGACAUAUAUCAGCUUCGAGCUCAUCUAUGCAUGGAUUGAUCUGGACGCCGCCCUAAUGAUCAUCUUCUGGGUGCUAACAAUUGAGAUCAUGGCCUGGACAAUCUUCGUGACUGUCAAGGCGGGAACCCAUCGCUUCCUGUCAAGAACACCCACCAUUUCCCUCCUCGUCGGCUCCGUCUGCUGGUUCGCCGUGAAUAUGAUGUGGGCCAUCCUUGCCAUUCGCUACAAUCUUGAGAGGAAUAGCUACCCUGUCUACCUGACAUGCGCCAGACCAGUUAUUGCCUUCGUCUUCCUGGUUGGUACCUUUAUGGGGAUUGUCUUGUGCUGUGCGAAAUGGAGCACCCUUGGUGUUGGGCCGGAUAAGUAUGAUCCUGCUGUUACUGGCCAGUACCCUCAAUACCCUCCUGGACAGUAUCCUGCAUAUCCGCAGUAUUCUCAAGGACAAUAUCCCUCUGCUCAAUAUCCGGCUUAUGGUCAUCAUGCUUCUGAAGCUCCAGGUUCAGGUCCAGCUUUAGCUCAUUCGCCCCAGUAA